CCUUGAUCCCUCUGUCUCUCUCUCUCUCUCUCUCUCUCUCUAGAAAACGAGCCACACACUUAACCAUGGAGCCACCAGCCAGGCCAUGGCUAGCCCAACCAAGGCUCGAAAUUGGCCACACCAACGCCCUCGUGCUCGUCGCCCUCACUCUAAUCGCCACCAUUUACGCCAUCGCAAAGAGGAAGCAACGCCUGCCUCCAGGACCACGAGGGUGGCCUCUCCUCGGCAACCUCCCCUCUCUUGACCCCAACCUCCAUGAGUGCUUCGCCUCUCUCUCGAAGCGCCAUGGCCCCCUCAUGAGCCUCCGCUUGGGCACCAAGCUCGCUGUCGUGAUCAGCUCGCCGGAACUCGCCCGCGAGGUCUUGAAGGACCAUGAUGUCACGUUCGCGAACCGGGAUGUGCCGGCAGCAGCGCUGCGCAUCGCCUACGGCGGAUCGGACAUCGUGUGGACGCCGCACGGCCCUCUCUGGCGCUUGCUCCGCAAGGUAUGUGUGCGCGAGCUACUGAACUCUACCAUUCUCGACUCGCUCUACACACUACGAAGGCGCCAGACCCGAGCCACUGUGCGCGAGAUGCUGCACAAAGCAGGCACACCAGUCAAUGUGGGCGCGCACAUGUUCUUAACUGCGCUCAACAUAAUAACAAACAUGUUAUGGGGAAAAGACUCGGGUGAUCAAGAUGACUGGGCUAAGGCGGUCGAGUUUAGGAGACUCGUUGGGGAGAUAACCGAGUUGUUGGGGAGGCCUAAUGUCUCGGAUUUGUUGCCAUUGUUGAGGCCAUUGGAUUUACAAGGGAUUGAGAAGAAGAUGGGAGGUUUGUUUGUGAGGUUUGAUGGGAUAUUUAAUGAGAUAAUUGAGCAGAGGAUGAAGGAUGGGGGAAAGGAAGGUUCUCAUGAUUUUCUUAACUAUCUAUUGGACCUCAAGGAUAAGGGGGACCCCAAGACACCAUUAACCAUGACACACAUUAAGGCCUUACUAAUGGACAUGGUGGUCGGAGGCACUGAUACGACGUCCAACACAGUUGAGUGGGCAAUGGCGCACAUGCUCGAGAAGCCCGAGAUCAUGAAGCGGGCUCAAGAAGAGGUAGACCGGGUGGUUGGCACGAGCACAACGGUCGAGGAGUCACAUCUUUCUCACUUUGUAUACCUAGAUGCAAUCGUUAAGGAGGUUCUUCGCCUUCACCCUGCCCUGCCCCUACUCGUGCCCCACUGCCCUAGUGCACCAUGCACCGUUGGGGGCUACAAUGUGCCUACGGGCACUCGUGUUUUCAUCAAUGUAUGGAGCAUUCAGAGAGACCCUGCACAUUGGGAUAGGCCUCUUGAGUUCGACCCCGAGAGGUUUUUGAGAGAGCCCAAAUGGGAUUUUAGUGGGCGUGAUUUUGAGUAUUUUCCUUUCGGGUCGGGGCGGCGUAUCUGUGCGGGCAUAGCCAUGGCCAACCGUAUGGUCAACUACUCUGUAGCUACUCUUCUUCACUCUUUUGAAUGGUGUUUGCCCGAGGGAGAAAAGCUGGACAUGGCUGAGAAGUUUGGCAUUGUUUUAAAGAAGGCUGUGCCUCUCCUUGCCAUCCCAGAGCCGAGGCUAAGUGACCCGGCUCUCUAUGAGGAAUGAAGUGGCUGAGAUCCCACAUAAUUGAAAUGACCUUUCUUCUUUCGCUUCAAUGAAAUGAUUUUCUCUUUUGCUACAAUGAAAUGAUUUUCUUUA